CCUCCCGCCCGCGGGCCCCGGGCCCUCCUGGGUUGCCAGGGAGGGGCAGUCGGACCCCCCCUUGGUCGGGAUCCCCGACAGAAAAACCUCACCCCCCACCCCAUCCCCACCUUCCCUAUCCCCAAAGGGGAGAGCCCCUAACCGCCCCCCUCGACCCCAAGGCUGAGGACCAGACUCCUGCGUCCCAUUUCCAGUGCCCUGAGGGUUGGGUCCACACCAGCCUCCAAAACUUCACUCUGCAGCCUCUGACAUCUACAUCGCCCUAAUGAUCUCCCUCUACAAGGGAUAACACCACUGGCCCAGGUUUGCCCAGAUGCAACCAAAACAGAAAAAAACUCCUCCAGGAAGCCUUCCCAGAUUGACCCUGCCUGUUAAUUGUCUUCUGAGCACCUUCGCCCUACUCUCUCCUAAUUUCGGAUCUUCUGCGGGCUGCUGCAGCUGGGGGACGCCGAAGUCCUCGCAGAAGGUGGGAAAGGCCCAAAGUCCAGUUGUUGAGCCGACAGAAGUCAUGAUCACCAAGGCAUUCUGAAAUUCCCACGGCAGAGGGUCACCCUGACCCUCAAGAGGAGAAGGUAGAAAUGCCUGAAAUCCGGGGUCCAUCGGAGCCCCUGGGCCCAGAGGAGGCCCUCAGCCUUGGGCAACGGGCUCCGGAGGAGACCCUUUACCUGGAAGAACACCUUUACCCAGAGGACAACUUCUUCUUCGAAGACGACACUUUCCUAGGGGAGAACUUCACCCCAGAGGCCUUCUUCCCCGGAGAGCCGCUCUACCUGCAGGAGACCCUCCACCUGGAGGAAACCCCCAUCCUGGGGGAGACCCCCCAUCUGGAGAUCCCCACCCUAGGGGAGACCCUCCACCUGGAGGAGACCCCCGUCCCAGAGGAGACCCUCCAUCUGGAGGAGACCCCUGUCCCGGAGGAGACCCUCAUCCCGGAAGAGACCCUCCACCAGGAGGAGACCCCUACACCGGAGAAGACCCUCCACCUGGAGGAGACUUCCACCCUGGGGGAAACUCUCCAACUGGAAAAGCCCCCCACCCCGGGGAAGGAGGAGGAGGAGGGGGGCCUGAGCCCGGCGGAUCUGGAGCUGAUGGAGCUGCGUUUCGAGGAGUGCAUCGAGGCGGUGAGGGGGCUGGAGGAGGAGCGGGAGGAGCUGAUCCAUCAGCUGGUGGCUCUGCGGGAGCCGGCCCUGCGGGAGGUCCAGCAGGCCCACCUGGCCAUCCUCAGCGCCUACAAGCAGCAGGCCCAGGUGGAGCUGGAGCGGGACGGCCUGCGGGACCAGAUCUGGGCCAUCAAGCAGAAGCUGUUCAAGGUGACCAAGGAGUGCGUGGCCUACCAGUACCGGCUGGAGAGCCGGCGGCAGGACGUGGCCCAGGCGGCCGCCCAGCGGGAGGAGCUGACGGGCCGGGCGGCCCAGCUGACUGAGGAGCUGGCCCAGCUGCGGGCCGCCUGCCGGGAGGAGACGGAGCAGGCCCGGAGGAGGCUGGACGCGACCCCGGCCCCUGCGGACGGUCACCUGCUGCAGGAGAGCCGCCGCUUCUCCAGCCAGUUCGAGAGCUUCCUGGCCCAGAGCCGCCAGGGCCUGGAGGAGCAGUACGAGCCCCAGCUGGUGAGGCUGUUGGAGCGGAGGGACACCGGGGCCCAGGCGCUGCAGAAGACCCGGGCCGAGUUGCAGGGCGUCCGGGAAGCCCUGAGCCCACUGCGGGGAGAAGCUGAGCGGCUCCGCUUGCAGAACCGCAGCCUGGAGGAGCAGAUCGCCCUGGUGAGGCAGAAGCGGGACGAGGAGGUGAUGCAGUAUCGGGAGCAGAUGGAGGAGAUGGAAGAAAGGCAGAGGCAGCUGAAAAACGGGGUUCAGGCCCAGCAGCAGAAGAACGAAGAGAUGGAAAAGCUGAGGAACAGCCUAACCCAGGAGCUGUCUGCCUAUAAAGGCCGACAGCUGAGAGAAGGAAACCGGCUUUGUGUUUCUGAAGGGCCACCCUCUCCAAGAGCCCGGGCCAGCCCGAGUCGCCCACGGGCCAGCCCGAGUCACCCACGGCCCAGCCCGGUGGAGUUGGGAGCGAGUCUCAAGGGGCUGCCUAGAAACCUACGGCCAAAUCCUCAACCUAGAAACAAAGGACAACCAAAGCUGUUAGCGACGGAGUUUCAGGAUCCCUGUUGGAAAUGUUUCUUUUGUGGCAGCGAAGGAACUUGCCCUCACCAGCCCAUCCUAGAAAGGGCACAGGUACUGGGGCCGACUCAUUUCAAAAGGAUUCGCGGCAGCUUCCUGGGAGCAGAACCCCAGACGAUCCUUGGUUUGGUUCUGGUUCGUAGGGUGCCGACAUUGCUCUCCAGUAGCAGAGAACGGGAGGAUUUAUCUGCUGUUCCCCUGGGGGGAGCAGAAAGGAAUCACGUACCCACUGGCAAAAGGACACUUGUGAGAGGAAUAAUAGGUGUCUGCCUUGCAGUGUUUUGGAAAGUAUAUCUUGCCUUAUUUUACUAUUCAAAAACAGCAGAAGCUUGCCCCAAGCAAAAAUGUCAAUGAGGGAGCCAAUUUUAAUUAAGUGGGGCUUUUUAGUUGGAUUUUUUUUCUGUUUCACAAGUGUUUGCCUUUAAAUAGAACCCUCUUUGAAAGUUGGGUGUUUUGAAGGGCUCAGUUGUAUUCCGUGGUGCACUUACAAGGAAAAUACAGAAUGGUAUUCUUAUUUCCGUCAA